AUGAGGAUGCUAUUGUGGGGCGUCAUGUCAUUCUGCUUGCUUGCCUAUGCCCUCAGUGACUGCCGGAAGGACUGCCUGAACUGCCACAGACAUCUGUACAGCCACCAAGAUGACUUCAGCCUUCUUAUCUGUGUCAUGGAGUGUGAGGGGAAACUGUUUUCCAGUGCUACCUGGGGACUCUGCAAUAAAGCCACCAGUGGAAAAGGAUCCUUGUCCCUAGGCCAUAAUAGCCUGGAAGAAACUAAAUGGCCCUUGGAGAUGUGGGAUGGCAGCCUGAAAGGAGGCAGAAGCAAUCUGAAACAUCAUGGUGACCUGACCAGAAUGUUGGAUCUCAGCAAGGGGGAAGAUAAGCAAGUGCCCAAAUUGAGUGGUCUCAUUCGUCAGCCAAAGGCAGAAGACGACACUAGUGAUGGAAGCCAAAUUCCACUUGGGGAUUUACAUGAUCAGCAAAAGGUUCCCAAGAGGGUGGGUGACUUCCUGACUGGGCCAUUCAGCUAUGGGCAGAUGGGUGAGCCUGAGGUGCAAGAGCUCCAAAAACGAUUUGGAGGCUUCAUUGGUGUUCGGAAAUCAGCCCGGAAAUGGCACAACCAGAAAAGGUUCAGUGAAUUCCUGAAGCAGUACCUUGGGAUGUCCCCACGUUCCAUUGAGUACGAUGGCUUGGCUGAUGACCUGAAGGAACAGAAUGAGAUAUAGACAAAUGGACUUUUCCUGGAUUGUUGUCGUUGUUGUCGUUGUCGUUUCCUUCUCAGAUUAUCAACAUGUUGUGAAUUGAUUUCAGAGCUGCCAUGGCCAAAGAAGCCAACCCCCAUUCCUACUAUUCUGCUAGGUCAAUAUUCAGCCAUCCAACUUUAGCAUCUGAAGGGAAGUCUGUUUUCUUUGAAAUAAAACUCAGAAUUGCUUUGUGUAAUAAUAUUUCACAAUUUUUACAUUUAUAUGAAUAAAUGUCAAAAAUCUACACGUAGUAUGACGACACGUAAGAGAGCAGGUUAUUCUAAUUCUUUCCUUCUACUGUACUACCUUUCUACAUUUAGGAAAAAUCAUUUUCA